AUGAAGUCUUUCAUUGCUGUUGCGGCUGUCGCCGCCGUUGCUUCGGCUCACGAGGCUCGCUCCCCCCUUGGCCUCGACCUCAACGUCGGCAACCUGGUCAAGGUCGACCUCUGCCUGGGUCUUGAUCUCAAGCUUCCCCUUGGAAUCUCUAUCGAGACUGAUGAUUGCCCUAAAAAAGGCCCUCCUGCUGGCUGCAUCGACGUCUGGCACCCUCCUCACCACGUUCCCAUGGACGGCUGUGACGACAACGACAACGACGAGUGGCAUUAUGUCCACCCUUGCGACUGCAAGCCCGAGGCUCCUCACACCUGGACCACCAGCACUGUCACUCAGACUCAGGUCAAGACCCUCACCAGCUGUGCUCCUACCGUGACCGACUGCCCUGCUGGUCCUCACGUCACCACUGUGGUUGUCCCGGCCACAACAACCAUCUGCCCCGUGCCAGUUCACUCUACCACCAUGGCUACUGUCCCUGCCGGCAACACUCUCCCUGCUACCGCCCCUGCUACCAUGCCCGGUACUGUUCCUGCUACCAUGCCCGGCACCGUCCCCGGCACCAUGCCCGGCUCGGCUCCCGGUACUGUUCCCGCCGUCGUGCCCGGAACCGCCCCGGGCACUCUGCCUGCUACCGCCCCUGUUGCUACGCAGGCACCGGUUUGGACCAAGCCUGCCAAUCAGUCGAUGCCCGCUACUCAGGUCCCUCCCCCUGCCAUUACCACUCCCGUCGUCGUGGCUCCUUCUCCUGCCACCACGCCUUCCGAGGCCUCGUCUCCCGCGGUUGUUGUUCUCCCUCCCGUUGGCACCGGCGCACCCCCUACCGGCAACUGGACGACCCCUCCUGUCAUGGCUGGUGCCGCCCAGAACAGCCAGAAGGUCGGUGCCGUUGUCGCCAUGGGCCUCAUCGCCGCUCUCCUGAUCUAG